AUGUAUCACAUUUUGUUUGUGCAUUUGAGGUAUGAACUUGGCCGUCAACCUGCUAAUACUAAGCUCUCAAGCAACAAGACAGUGAGGAGAGUCCGUGUGAGAGGUGGCAAUGUGAAGUGGAGGGCGCUCAGAUUGGACACUGGAAAUUAUUCUUGGGGUAGCGAAGCUGUGACCCGAAAAACACGUAUUCUUGAUGUGGUUUACAAUGCCUCAAACAAUGAGCUUGUCAGGACACAAACUUUGGUGAAAAGUGCUAUUGUUCAGGUGGAUGCUGCUCCAUUCAAGCAAUGGUACCUUCAGCACUAUGGUGUUGAUAUUGGUAGGAAGAAGAAGGUAGCUGCUAAGAAGGAAACACCUGAGGAAGGGGAAGGAGUUGCUGUUGAGGAAGCCAAGAAGAGCAACCAUGUUCAGAGGAAACUUGAGAAGCGACAGCAAGGUCGUAAACUCGAUCCCCACAUUGAAGAGCAGUUUGGUGGUGGUAGGUUGCUUGCUUGCAUCUCUUCUAGACCAGGUCAAAGCGGGAGAGCAGAUGGGUACAUAUUGGAAGGAAAGGAAUUGGAGUUCUACAUGAAGAAGAUCCAGAGGAAGAAAGGCAAAGGUGCUGGUGCUGCUUAA